AUGAUGAAGGAUUGCAGUAAAGUUAGCUUAGUUUAUGAUCGAUUGGCAGCCCUUUGUCUCCCUCAUUCAAUUGGGUCAGCCAUUGGCCACCUGCUGCGAGAGUGGGAAGGAUUUGCACCUUGGUAUCACCUCUAUUGCCAGAUUGGAAGUAACAAUUUCCUCCUUUAUUUCAUGACUACAAAGUUGGAGAGUCCUGUUAAGACCCAGAUGGUUGUGACACUCAUCGGUGGGCUGCUCAAUCGGGAUUGCCAUGAGAGCACAAGACAAAACCUUGCUCGGAGGAGACGUGUCUUUGUGCAGACUGAGACUGGCUGCGUCUUGGGAAUGGAGUUGGAAAGGGGUGACAAUGCUCACACAGUCAAAAGGAGGUUGCAGCUUGCCCUCAGUGUACCUACCGACCAGAGCUCUUUGACAUUUGGGGAUCGUAUAUUAAACAAUGAUCUUAGUGCCAUCCGCAAUCAUUCCCCACUGCUACUUGCAAGAAAUGCCAUGCAUAGAAGCUCAUCGACUCCUUGUCUCUCACCUACUGGAAAGAAUCUUCUCCAGAAGGAUCAGAGUGAUCCUAUUGAGAUUUUAGGGUGUCCAAAUAACUUUGCUAGAAUUGAUGAACUGGUUAAGGACAUUGUGGCUGCCAUCAAGAAGGGGGUUGAUCCAAUCCCUGUUCAUAGUGGGUUAGGUGGUGCUUACUACUUCAGGAACAUCAGUGGAGAGAGUGUUGCCAUCGUGAAGCCAACAGAUGAGGAGCCAUUUGCACCAAACAACCCUAAAGGCUUUGUAGGCAAAGCUCUUGGGCAGCCUGGCCUGAAGAGUUCAGUGCGAGUUGGGGAAACAGGGUUUCGAGAAGUUGCUGCCUACCUUCUGGAUUAUGAUCACUUUGCUAAUGUGCCUCCAACUGUUCUUGUGAAGGUUGCACAUCAAAUCUUCAAUGUUAAUUAUGGUGUCAAUGGGGACAAGAUUCAGAAGAAGAAAAGGGUUAGCAAAAUUGCGUCACUGCAGCAGUUCAUCCCUCAUGACUAUGAUGCCGGUGACUGUGGAACCUCAAGUUUUCCAGUAGCAGCUGUUCAUAGAAUAGGCAUUUUAGAUAUUAGGAUCUUUAACACUGACAGGCAUGCAGGGAACCUGCUGGUUAAAAAGCUUGAUGGGGAGUUUGGUCAGGUGGAGCUCAUUCCAAUUGAUCAUGGCCUUUGUUUGCCAGAGCAAUUGGAAGAUCCAUAUUUUGAGUGGAUUCAUUGGCCUCAGGCAUCAAUUCCUUUCUCUGAGGAUGAGCUUGAGUAUAUAAGGAAUCUCAAUCCAAUUUGUGAUUCUGAGAUGCUAAAGAUGGAGCUGCCUAUGAUUCGGGAGGCAUGCCUUAGAGUUCUGGUCCUGUGCACAAUAUUCCUCAAGGAAGCAACGGCUUUUGGACUGUGUCUUGCUGAGAUUGGUGAGAUGAUGAGUAGGGAGUUCGGAGGCCGAGAAGAGAAGCCAAGCGAACUUGAGGCUGUUUGCCUUGAGGCCAGGAGGAUUAUAGAAGAUUUAAACAUGUCAAACGUUGAGGCUGAAGAAGGAAACGAAGAGUUUCUCUUCGAUAUAGAUUGUGAGAAUGCAAUGAUUGUAGACCCUUCACUUGUGAUCUCAAGUGACUUCUUUGACCAGGUUUCAUUUCCUACCCCAACAAGCAUUGUGAAGGUUGCUGAUAUAAGGCCAGUCAGGCCAGAGGGAAAUUGGUAUAAAACUGCUUCAAAAUUGUCCGUGUCUCUGAAAAAUAUUGAUGUGGGUGAGAGAAGCCAGCAACAGAUAAUUGGUACUGUAUCUGCAAUCAGAAGAAGUGCAAAUGAUCAGUUACCUACCUCAAUAAGCUUUGUGAAGGUUGCUGAUAUGAGUGAGGAGCAAUGGAUUCUGUUUCUUGAAAAGGUCAGGGAGCUUCUGUACCCUGCCUUUGGCAACCGAAGGCGUGCAACCAUUGGGCAGAGACAGAGGCUGGGAUCAUCUUGCAAGUUUUGA